CUCAACUCAACCACCACUAAAACCCCAAGGACCCCCAGGAGCCUGCAUCUCGCCAGUAGCACCUAUUCCUGCAGUCUCAAUCCCUCCCUCCACUUCCUCUCCCUCCCCUCUCCUUGGCGUGAGACCGGACUGCUGACGGAGGGGCGUACGUGCUGGGAAAGGUCAAUGAAUGAUGCAGGACACUUGUCUUGGAUGGCCACAUCUGGGGCUUGUGUGUGAGCGGGUGUGUGGCGACGUGAGGGCCAUCUACCCGCGAGAAGCGAUGAGACUCUCUUAAGAUGAUAUCCUCGUGGCCAGGCUGUACCUAGACUAAUUCUCGUCGUCUUCUCCCCACAACACAACACACCAAACGUGGGUGUAAAUGACUGUGUGAUUCCUUCCAGAUUCCCACCCACUCGAGUCACCAGCCCCCCUCGAGUGUGGCUUGCGCACCCUGUCUCAACACAGAGUGAGGCUUGCUUAUCUGCUUGCUUGCUGCCCAACAUGAAGCCCACUGCGCCCGUGCCAUACGUUUCAGCGCUGCUCCUGACGUGCGUCGCGCCGAUCCUAUGCCUCCCGAGCAGCAGCAGCAUCAGCAUCAGCAGCAGGUCCCAGCGCCCGCAGCACGGCGACCGCGACAGGGAGCACGUCACCCGGCUCAUCAGCUCCAUCACGGCCGACUUUGCGAGCAAAUUGGAUGCCUCCGCGGGCGCGCCCUGCGACGAAGGUGGUCCCAUCGCGCCCACCUGCACGCCGGAUACUAUCGUCUACCGCAGGGAAUACGGCUCGCUCUCCAAGGCUGAGAGGCUAGACUACGUCAAUGCAGUCAAGUGUCUCCAGCGCCUACCGGCUCGCACGCCGGCCAGCGUGGCUCCUGGCGCGAGGUCAAGAUUCGACGACUUUGUUGCCGUCCACAUCAGCCAGACGCUGACGCUACACUUCACCGGCAACUUUAUGCCAUGGCAUCGCUGGUUUGUCCAUGUCUACGAGACUGCUCUCCGGGAGGAGUGCGGCUACCGCGGUUACCAACCUUACUGGGACUGGCCAAAAUACAUGCACGCGCCCCAGGACUCGCCCAUCUUCAACGGUGACCCAUACAGUCUGGGCGGCAACGGGCAGUAUGUUCCGCACAACGGCUCCGUCAUAACGCCGCCCGAAGGUGUAUCUGGAGGUAACAUCCAGCUGCCGGCUGGCCUGGGCGGUGGCUACGUCGUGACGGGGCCGUUCGCCAACAUGACCAUCAACCUGGGCCCCUUCGGCGGGACCUUUGGGACUGAACCGGGCCCUGACGGGGGCUUGGGUUAUAACCCGCGCGGCCUCAAGAGGGAUGUUGGGCCGGGGGUAAAUGAGAGGUAUUGCAAUUAUACCACCGUGCUUGACCUGCUAGAAAAGCCGACCAUCAACGAUUACCGUUUACUCUCCGAGGGUGUGCCGUAUACAGUCGAGAUCGGCCCACACGGUGGAGGACACUAUGUGAUCAAUGGUGACCCUGGUGGUGACCUAUUCACCUCGCCAGGCGACCCAGCCUUCUGGGUGCACCACGGGCAGAUGGACCGCUUAUGGGCACUGUGGCAAACACGCGACCCCUCGACCAGAUACACUCAGCUGGACAACGGGACUUAUGGCCACAUCACGUGGGCCAACGAACCCGCCUCGCGCCUCACCGAGCUUGACGACAUCAUCGACAUGGGCUAUGCGGGGCCGUCGGUCAGGAUACGAGAUGUGAUGUCGACCACGUCUGGUCCGUUUUGCUAUUUUUACGCAGAGUCACGGUAA